GCACUGAAGUUUGGACCUUCUGACGUGUCGUAUCACAACAAACAUGGCGUCCUCCUCUGAUGUACAUGUACGAAUUUGUGGGCAAGAGAUUAUUAAAUAUGAUCUUGAAAUCAAGGCUCUUAUUCAGGACAUAAGAGAGUGCUGCGGGCCGCAGGCGGUGCUUUUGGAUCUGAACUCUACAGUGAAGGAAAAGUUCAGCCAGUUAAGACAGAGGAUUCAGGACAUGGAACAGAUGGCAAAAGAACAAGACCGAGAGACUGAUAAACAAGCGAUCUUGAGUGAGACGGAAGGCCAUCGGAAGCAGAUGUUAAGUAACCAGAUGGCGUGGAGGAAGGCAAAUCUGGCCUGCAAGCUGGCCAUUGACAACCUGGAGAAGGACGAACUGCUUCAAGGAGGUGAUCCGGUUAGACAAAGGAAGGCCACUAAAGAGAGUUUGGUGCAGACAUCCAGUGACAUCACAGAGAGUCUGAUGAGCAUCAGCCGGAUGAUGGCCCAGCAGGUGCAGCAGAGCGAGGAGACCAUCGGAAGUCUGGCCGCAUCCUCAAGGACUGUGCUGGAGACGAAUGAAGAGUUUAAGGCCAUGACGGGAACCAUUCACUUGGGGCGAAAACUUAUCCUGAAAUAUAAUCGGCGUGAACUGACCGACAAACUGCUGAUCUUUUUAGCUCUUGCUCUGUUUCUGGCUACAGUGCUCUACAUCCUGAAAAAGAGACUCUUUCCCUUCAUUUAGCGUAAAAAGGGAUCUGUGUCAACUUAACGCUGCUUUCCAUAAAGCCCGACCGGACCCACAGUUCUCAGAGCCGGCAGUUCUUUUCGAAAUGAGGGGUUUGCCGUCAGUUAACCGCCAGGAAGACGAUGACAAGCUUUCUCUGGGGACACAAUAAGGGAGGGUAUUGAAGAGCUGUUAUAAAAUCUCAGUUAUCACGAUCACUAAAUAGAAAUUCAGGAAGGAAUUAAUGCACUUUGUACGAUUUGCUAUAUUGGUCUUAAUAAUUGCUUUUGCUUAUUCACUAGUAUGUUUUUUAAUCGGUGUAGUUGUUUGUAUAAUAAACAAAUAUUGGAUCUCAGGCUAGUUCUGUGAUAUCCCAAUAACCUGAUGUUUGUGCCUUAUGAACUACUGUAAUAACAUUUUUGCAUAUUAACUGAAGGUUAUGUUUCAUUGACGCUAUUUUGUUUUUAUUUUAAAGAAAGAAGUCGUUUAA